ACGUGAACAAAACGAAGCCUCGCCGCGGACCGCUUCCAUGGUGAGGAAGGGGAUCGACGCUCCGCCCGGGGUACGCCGCCGCACGUCGGUAUCACCCAGCACGCUGGGAACUGUAGUCCGUGGAACCCCGGUCACUGAGGCAGAACUGCGGUGAUCGGAACUACAAUUCCCAGUGUCGCUCUGUGCGUGGCAACAGGAUACUGUGUGAAGAACCAGAUUAAGAAUUCGAACAGCCGAGAGGAUCUUGUAAAUUUAAGCAAGUAAAAUGUUUUAUAAUCUGCGAUUUAAUUAUAAUUCUUGACUUUUAAAAAAAAUUAAAAUCCUAACCUUUGCCGGAAAUUACGCACUCCCCACCUGUUUUGUAUUUGUGUUUGAUAGGGAAUUGGAGGAUUUGUUCAUCCUUCGCUUGGCGGUUUUCCACCGUCCUCUUGUUAGAUUGCCUUUUCACUUCUACGCAUGUGAAGAAAUACUUGGCAGAGAGUAAGUCCUUGAUGGACCAGUCCCCUCAAUCCUACAUGCUUGCCAAUCUGACACAUCCACAUUGUGAGCAGUUGCUGCAGGGAUUAAAUCUUCUUCGACAACAUCGUGAGCUGUGCGACAUUGUCCUCCGGGUUGGUGAUGUCAAGAUCCAUGCCCACAAGGUGGUGCUGGCUAGCAUCAGCCCAUACUUCAAAGCCAUGUUUACUGGAAACUUAUCUGAGAAUGAAAACUCUGAAGUUGAAUUUCAGUGCAUAGAUGAGACUGCCUUGCAGGCUAUUGUAGAGUAUGCAUACACAGGAACUAUAUUCAUUUCACAAGAUACAGUAGAAUCACUCCUACCAGCUGCAAAUUUGCUUCAGAUCAAACUAGUACUAAAAGAAUGUUGUACGUUCCUUGAAAGCCAGCUUGAUCCGGGCAAUUGCAUUGGCAUUUCCCGGUUUGCUGAAACAUAUGGUUGUCAUGACUUGUACCUUGCUGCCAACAAGUACAUUUGUCAGAAUUUUGAAGAUGUCUGUAAGACUGAAGAGUUUUUUGAGUUGAACCACACAGAGUUAGAUGAAAUAAUCUCAAAUGACUGUCUGAAUGUUGUGACGGAGGAGUCUGUUUUUUAUGCAUUAGAGUCGUGGAUUAAAUACGAUGUGCAAGAAAGACAAAAAUAUUUGGCACAGCUGUUGCACUGUGUUCGACUGCCGUUAUUAAGUGUAAAAUUUCUGACAAGAUUAUAUGAAGCAAAUCAGCUAAUUCGCGAUGAACAUACCUGCAAGCACCUUCUAAAUGAAGCCCUUAAGUACCAUUUUAUGCCAGAGCACAGAUUUUCCCAUCAGACUGAGUUAUUGACACGACCACGUUGUGCUCCCAAAGUACUUUGUGCUGUUGGUGGAAAAACUGGAUUGUUUGCAACAUUAGACAGUGUGGAAAUGUAUUUCCCUCAGACGGACUCCUGGACAGGUCUGGCACCACUCAGUAGCCCACGUUAUGAAUGUGGAGUUGCUGUUGUUGAUCAGAAACUUUAUGUGGUAGGAGGAAUUGCAACCCAUAUUCAACAAGGAAUCAAUUAUCGAAAGCAUGAGAAUUUGGUGGAAGGUUGGAAUCCAGAGACAAACAAAUGGACAUCUGUAGAAAGAAUGAAUGAAUGCCGAAGCACUCUUGGAGUGUCUGUAUUAGCUGGUGAACUGUACGCAUUAGGUGGUUAUGAUGGAGAAAAUUAUUUGCAGUCUGUGGAAAAAUACAUCCCUAAAGUCAAAAAAUGGCAACCUGUUGCACCGAUGUCAAAAAGCCGAAGCUGUUUUGCAGCUGCAGUUUUGGAUGGAAUGAUAUAUGCUAUAGGAGGAUAUGGUCCUGCCCACAUGAACAGUGUGGAGCGUUAUGAUCCAAGCAAAGAUUCCUGGGAGAUGGUAGCUCCAAUGGCUGAUAAAAGAAUUAACUUUGGUGUUGGUUCAAUGCUUGGAUUCAUCUUUGUUGUUGGUGGACACAAUGGCGUGUCACAUUUGCAAAGUGUUGAGAGAUAUGAACCCCAUCAAAAUCAGUGGACUUUGUGCAGACCAAUGAAUGAUCCAAGAACAGGAGUUGGUGCAGCCAUUGUAGAUAAUUACCUCUAUGUGGUGGGAGGUCAUUCAGGGUCAUCAUACCUGAACAUGGUACAGAGGUAUGACCCAACCCUAGAUACCUGGUCAGAUUCUACUGGUAUGCUGUCAUGUCGAUGCAACUUUGGGCUGGCUGCAUUUUGAUGAUUGCUUUGAUUAUGAAGAACUUACUGUGGUAAUAAACCCUGCAUGACAAGAUGACCAACUGUGCUGAGAUUGAGGAGUUGCACAAUCUUUCAGGUUUCACUGAGCAUCUUGGCUGCUACUAUUGGUAUUUACUUUGCAGAAAGUAUUGUUUUUAAUUGAAUUGGUUACAUUGUAUAUCUUGUGCUAUGGGGAAAAUAAACUGAUGCCUGAAAUAGCCAGGGCUAACAAAAGCUCCAGCUUUUCCACCUUAUAAACAUUUCCCUCCAUUUUAAAUAACUGUUGCCUCCACCUGUCCCCAUUAUAAUUGUAAUGGAUCACACAAAUUCAAAGCCCUUUCAUCUUGAAGAGUCCAUGUCUGUUUUGUGCAUUAUGUUCACUGCAUUAUCAUGUUCAAUUUAACAUCAGUGAUUCACAUAAACUUAAGGGCUGCCUUGUCAUAUCUGUCACAAGUUUUUGAAUACAACUUCCUCUUGUUUGCUUGUAUUAUGCAGUGUGAUUUAUGUAAUUUGUAGAGCUGAUGAGUUGAUGUAAUGACAUUAAUAUUGUGUAUAUUUUGCUCCUUUUAGCAAUCUUCCAUCUGAAUGAUAAGGUCAUUUAUUAAUAUUUAAUAUUUGAUCUGGUUUUAUUCAAAAAACAAUGUACAUCUAAAAAGGGAUCUUAAUUGGGUUACCUGUGCAAUUACAAUUUGUACUUUUCACAGCUUGAAGUUUAGGAAGUUCUGAACUUGUAUUGUUACAAACCUAUAUUCACAGAGCUCAACGUAGGAAUACUAUUUCUGAAUUGAGUAGUUAUAGACUUUGUGAAUAUAGUGUGAUAUUUUAAUCAAUACUGAAGUUUUAAGUAUUUGUAUAUUUUGCCAUGUUAUUCAGCUCCAAUUGGCAAGUGUUGAGUUUAUUCAUGUAUUCCUUUUGUAAUAUUCUACAGCUGCUGUUGAGGGAGACUUAGUGCCUGGUGCUAUCCUAGAAUUCAGGACUCAGAUGUUACAUACACUUAUGUUGUAAAUGUCCUGUAAAUUGAUUUUUUUAUUCCUCCAAUUUUCAUGUACCUCCUGAGCAAGCAAAGCUGGAGCGAAGGAAUAGUUUAUACAAUUAACUUUCAGCAUCUAAAAUCCUAACCUUGCUGACUAACUUGUAAUUUGUUCAAUGUUGCAAACUGAAAGUAAGUUCAUUUUCAACUGCCUCUCAAAAUGGUUUUCCUUAAUCCUAGUCUAUCCAAGGACCUCAUUUUGUUAACAAAAUGUGGUUGCCAAACUUUUAUUUUCUUUCUAUAACAUUUUGUCACUUUCUAUUUUCAUCUCAUACAAUACUUUGAAUGUUUUUUGUUUCCAAAUUUUCAGAUGUACUUCACACAGAUACUGUUUUUCCUGUAUGUAAUGUGACAUUAACUGAUGCAAACAACUUUGGCGAUAUGUUCAAUUGAUAUGUGUUCAAAAUGAUUUACAGAUGCACUUUUUCAAAAUGUUAGAAAUAUAAUCUCCCUAUAAUACUGCAGCUUUUUCUGUACCUAAAAAUGUGCAAAAAAAGAUUUAUGUAAUUGUGGCAAAGUUUGAAUUAACAAUCUUUUUAAAAAAAAAUGGUUCUUUUGACUUGAUUGAAGCUAUAGUUAGUAUGUUUAGACCAGAUUAGCAAAGUACCAACACAAUCUUUGUACAUGUGGUUGGUAAGCUGUACAUUUUGGUUUUGAUUGUUAGAGUUAAUAGUUAUGCAUUUUGGUGGUUGCAUGGACUUGUGUCUGUGCACUUGCAUUAGUGUUCAGGUCAGGCUUAAUCAUUGUGUGCUUAGUAUCUAUCCUAACCUUCUGGAAGUUUCUGGAUCUUGAUGGUGAAGGCUACAUAUGUUUGUUGGAAUAAAAUGGUGCAAUAACAUUUUUUAUAUGGCUUUUUUAUUAAGUGUAAUUUAUACUUGUGGAAGGAUGGGUUGAUUUACAGAACUAUUGUGCUCUAAAUACACCACUUGUCAGCAAAAUGUAUACAGUAAAAUGUAACAUUUGUGAUGUUCCUUGUGUAGAAUGAAGUUCCGUCCUUCUAUAACCUUCCGUAUUUCUAAGUACAAGUAGAACAUUAUGUAUUUUGUUUCAUUUAAAUAAUGGCAUGAUUUAAUGUACACUGAAAUAAAAAUUAGUGAAGUCCACAGAAACAACAUAGUCCCAAAGGCAUGGCAAACUACACAGGUCCUACUGGUUUAGUAGCACAAGUGUUUAUCUUGAUGGCAGUAAUAGAUGUCACAGCAAUAACUACUGUCAGUGGCAUCUGAGAAAAUGAUAACCUUGUUUGGCCAGUUAUUUUGUUAAUUUUAGGAAUCUUUAUAUAAAAAAAAUCUACUUGAUAUAAAGCAUGUCAGAUGUGGGUUUUGCCCAUAGUAAUGAAGACUUGGAUCUAGUGGUAAGUUAAAUACUUGGCCUUCAUUCUCUGCAGUUAGAUAUAGUUGGGAGUGUUUGCCAGUUUACACAUUUUGCAUAUUAUGCACGUCACAACUCGAUCAUUAAACAAAAGGAUUUGGAAAUUUUGGCAAAAUAAUAGGAACUGACAUUUGACAUACUUAAUAUGCAACUUGGAAACUACUUUAAACCCGUUUUUGUUGAUUUUUGGCAUGUCUAGUAGAAGGAAUAAUAGACUUUAUACAUAACCUACUGAUGUGGACAAAGCAAUUGUCUUUUGCAGCAUCUUUAUCCCCUACAAUUUUUUUUUAAAAAGGGCACUUGUGUUUGUGUCAUACUCUUCUGUAUUAUCUAGUUAGAUUCGCACAGAAUUUUCCGUAGCUGGUAACUUGAUUACAAAUGCAAAAAUGAGCAUUUACUAAAAUGAAAUAUUGUGCACUCAGUUUGUAUAUGAUUAAUACAAAUAUUGGCCAUAAAUGCUUUUUCUGGAAUCAAUGUUUUAAUCAUUUGUUGCUAUCUGCAUAGCCCCAUCUUCUGCCAAGGGGAUUUUUUUUUUCCCCUUUUGUCAGAGGAGUUAUAGGAUACAUAAAGCAUGUAUUUGGAUACUACAACUGGAAUACUAUUAUAAAGUACUAUGUACAAGAACAAAGUUUUUUUUCAUCUACUUGGCUUUCAUUUGUUAUGGGAGAUAUUUUGCUGAAGUUGGAUGUGGAAACUAAUGUUUCUGUGCUGUGCACCACUGAGAGACUUACAUGCAAAUAAACUGUAAAGAAGUUUUAGGGGACUUUGAUUUAUUCUGCUAAUGUAAUAGCAGUUACACUUUGUUCUGAAAUUGAUAGCAACUUGGAUAGUUUAGUUGAAAUAUUUCUGCCCUUUUAUUCACUAAAACUAAAUUUGUAAUGUUCACUUAACACAUUUGAGCCACACUUUACACUCGUUCCCAAAUGUCUUAAUGAGAUUUAAAACAGGAUUUUAAACUUCGAAUGAAUGGCCUAAAAUAACAUCAUUAAUGGCGAUAGUGGACACUGGAUUACUAUGGAAGUUUUGCAAAUGCAAAUUACUUAAACUGAUGAGGGACAUAGGCAGGGCUAUAGUCAUUACUGAUUUCAUAGCUUGCCUUAACUUUUAACUUAAUACUUAACUGGAUUUUAUCUACCUGCCUUUCAAUCCAGUGCUUUCCUCUAAAUCCAGACUGCUUUAUUUUGUUUUUAAUAAAAUGUGACUCUAAACUUUGUAAAUAAAGAUUAAAGACCUAUUUGUAUUUUGACUUGAGGGAAUGACAUCAUUGUAAAUGGUUAAAUGUUAGUUUGUAUAGUUGUAUGCUCUGUACCUGCAAAUGUCAGUCUUUCACUUAAAACAUGAAUAACAUUUCACCUGCUUUUUGGUGUCUUUUGUUACACGAGUAAAAGUGCUAAAGGACUGUUUUACACCAUUUGAGUUCUGUUUUCUUGAAGUAGUGUCCAGAUUUCACAUGCUUGUGGUACCGCUGUGUCAAAUACUGUUUGUUACAGUAUUUCAUUGUUUACAAAAUAAAUAACUAUUUAAAUCUGAAAAGUGGUGUCUUGCAUUACCUCCUUUCUACCUUUUAGGGUGGCUAAUUACCACC